AUGGUCUCGCAAGCGCAAAUUCUCGAUCGCACCGCGCAGAGUACCGCCUCCUUAGUCUCGCGACCCUCCCAUGGUCGACGACACCGUUCUGGCCGAUCCCACCAUGGAAGCUCGUCGCACACCCCGUCCAACGAUUUCCCCAUCUUCACAUAUACCGGCGACACCGAAAUCGUUAUUCGCGCGGGGUCGCAGGAGCGGCGCUAUCUCCUCCACCGAUUGAUCCUGGCACAAUGCUCGGGCUUCUUUGAGGCCAGUACCGACGAAACCUGGUCGCGUCAUACAUCCGGUAAAGAGGGCACGCUCUCGCCCGUGAGCGAAGAUGACUACCUGUCCAACGGGUCAACGCUGGUCCCCUCCGAUCAUGGUGCACUGCCCACCCGGCCCGGUGAGAAGCGUCGCUGGCGCUACGAGCUGGACUGGGAGAACUGCGCGGAGGACGAGGAGGUGAUUCUCGUACAAAAGCCCCCAAGCCAUGCACCCGUGUUCGGAGGCGACCAGGCUGCCUUCCCUCCCACGAUGACCAAGCCGUCCAAUUCCCAGGCCGGGUUCUUUCGAUCCAUGGCGAACCUGGCAGGGAUCCAGUCGGCGGCACACCUGCCCCAAACCGGGGCAGAGCAGGAACCCACCAUCGACCCUUUAAUACGUGACUAUGACAAUUUACUACGACUAUUUUACAACCACCCACCCAUAAUAAACAGCGUCAACAUUGCUUCUGCUUAUACAGAAUGCAAAUCCCUCCUCGCAUUGGCCGAUAUGUACGAUGCGCUCCCAGUGACAGGACCGCGCGUGGAUCACCAUCUCCUCGGCUUCGGAUCUCGCCUCUUCAAGCAAAUCGCCAAAUACCCCCCUAGCUACCUGAAACUGGGAUACCUUGCCCGCAGCAGAGUGAUCUUCACCGAGGCCCUGAUACAUGUCGUGGGACAAUGGCCCGCUGCGCUCCCGAGCAUGCGGAACGGAUCUUACGCGCCUCUGCCCGAAUCCCUCCUUGACAUGAUCGAAGACAAGGUGGAAGAUCUGGAAGAUCUCAAAGCCCGUGUUGAAUCAAAACUCCUGCGACUGUCCCUUACCACCUCCCGCGGUGAACGUGUCGGCCCUUCAAAUGCAUACCUGGAUUGGCUCGCCGUUUCCCUCUUCCGUCAAUGGCUCAUCGAAAACACCACCCCUCCGCCGGCUCCUAUCCUCAAGAACUCCGGCGCAAAUGACGGGCCCUCUCAUCCCACAGCCUCGGCAUCGCACCCAGCCAGCGCGGGCCGGCCCACAACCCCGGAAGACCCUUCUGCGCGUACCUUCAAAUUGAUCGGGUCCUCGUCCUCCCAAGCAUACCUCACUCACGAGGAAUUGAAGCGAUUCCUGAAAAUUCAUCCCACGCCGUCCGCUGACUCGCUGUAUACCCGCGAGACCUUUAAGCGGUUUGAGCGCAAAAUGGAUGAGAUGAAGCGGCUCGCCAGGGAAAUUGUCAAGCCUUUGAUGCGCAAUUUCCUAGAGCUUGAGCUCAAAUCUGCCGGUCCGCCUGCCGGUCCAGGGCCCCGUGAAGCUACCCCCAUCGGAUUGCCCUAUCUGACAUGUACUCGCGUUGAAGAGAUGGAUUUGCCUUGGAACUAA